GAUUGUUUAUCAGUAUGGCACAUCUUGGAAACCAAACGGUGCCAAAUGGCCAUUUUCACAAGGACUGGCAGCGCUAUGUCCAAACCUGGUUUGACCAGCCAAUGCGCAAAAAGUUCCCUACAAGGAAAAAGAUGAUGAAAGCGAGGGAAGUAGCUCCCAGACUGGCUGCUGGACCUCUUUGGCCAAUCGUUACAUGUCCUUCCAUCAAAUACAACAGGUGUAUCCGUGCUGGACGUGGUUUCACCAUUGAAGAGUUGAAGAAAGCUGGCAUCGGCAAGAGGGAAGCCCCAACAAUUGGAAUUGCUGUUGAUUACAGAAGACACAGCAUGUCUGCCGAGGAACUCCAAGCUAACGCCUGGAGACUGAAGGAAUAUUGAAAAAAAUAAAUAUAUUAGGUGCAGGAGUG